CCACCAUGGACCCUGCCCUGCCUACUGGUUCCUUCAUGGUGGUGAACGCGUCGGGCCGGGCCUCAGGUCAGAAGGCUCACCUGUACAUGCCCACCCUGAAGGAGAAUGACACCCACUGCAUCGACUUCCUUUACUCUCUGUCCAGCCGUGACGGAGCCAGCCCAGGAACACUCAACGUCUAUAUCAAGGUGAAUGGAGGUGCUCAGGGGAACCCGGUGUGGAACGCCUCUGAUACCGUCACUGAAGGCUGGGUAAAGGCUGAGCUGGCUAUUUCUACCUUCUGGCCUAACUCCUAUCAGGUUAUCUUCGAAGCAGUUUCUGUCCAAGGCCAUCCAGGUUUCAUUGCCAUCGAUGACAUACGAGUUCUGGCCCACCCCUGCCGUAAAGCGCCUCACUUCCUGCGUCUGCAGAAUGUGGAGGUGAACGUGGGUCAGAACGCUACGUUUCAGUGUACCGCCGGAGGGAAAUGGUCUCAGCACGAUAAACUCUGGCUUCAGCAGUGGAACGGUCGGGACACGGCCCUGAUGGUGACCAGGGUGGUGAACCACCGCCGUUUCUCCGCAACCGUCAGCGUCGGCGACACAUCCCAGCGAAGCACGAGCCGCUACCGCUGCGUCAUCCGCUCAGACGGCGGGUCGGGUGUGUCCAACUACGCCGACCUCAUCGUGAAAGCUCCGCCCACCCCCAUUGCUCCGCCCGAGCUUCUCGCCGUCGGCGCCACCUACCUCUGGAUCAAACCCAACGCCAACAGCAUCAUCGGCGACGGGCCGAUCAUCCUGAAGGAGGUGGAGUACCGCACCACGUCAGGGAACUGGGCGGAGAGCCACGUGGUCGACGCCCCCACCUACAAGCUGUGGCAUCUGGACCCAGACGUGGAGUACGAAAUCAAGGUCCUGCUCUCCAGACCCGGGGAGGGAGGAACGGGGCCUCCGGGGCCGCCGCUGGUCACCAGGACAAAGUGUGCAGAUCCAGUUCAUGGUCCCCAGAGCGUCAACGUGGUGGACGUCAGAGCGCGCCAGCUGACGAUACAGUGGGAGACGUUUGGAUAUGCUGUCACACGCUGCCACAGCUACAAUCUGACGGUGCAGUACCAGUAUGCGUUCAACCAGCAGGAGUUUGCAGCAGAGGAGUUGAUCCAGACGUCGUCACACUACACUCUGAGGGGGCUGAGGCCCUUCGUCACCGUCAGACUGAGGCUCGUCCUGGCAAACCCCGAAGGCAGCAAGGAGAGCGAGGAGAUAGUCAAACAGACAGAGGAGGACGUUCCCGGCUCGGUUCCGAUGGAGUCCCUGCAGAACACGCCUUAUGAAGAGAAGAUCUUCAUGCAGUGGAAAGCUCCCAAUGAAACCAAUGGAGUCAUCACACUGUACGAGAUCACCUACAAGGCCCUGAGCUCGUUGGAUCCCAGCGCAGAUCUGACCACGCAGAGGGGACGAGUGUUCAAGCUGAGGAACGAGACCCAUCAUCUGUUUGUGGGACUCUACCCAGGAACCACGUACUUCUUCACCCUGAAAGCCUCCACCAACAAGGGCUUCGGUCCGCCCGUCACCACCCGCAUCACCACCAAGAUAGCAGCUCCACUGAUGCCAGAGUACGAGUCUGAGGCUCCGCUGAACGAGACAGAGACCACCAUUACCAUCCUGCUGAAGCCCGCCCAGUCACGAGGAGCUCCCAUCAGCUCCUACCAGCUUGUUGUGAAGGAGGAGCGCAAGUCCAAGACCCGACGUGCCGCCUCUGAAGCCCCCGAGUGUUUCUCCGCCCCCGUCAGCUUCCGUAACGCCUCCAUCUUGGACUCGUCGUACUACAUCGCCGCAGACCUGCCGCCAUCGAGCCUCACGGUGGUACAGCCGUUCACGGUGGGGGACAACAAGAGCUACGGCGGUUUCUGGAAUCCGCCGCUAUCGCCCGCCAAGAGCUACAGCAUCUACUACCAGGCCAUGAGCAGAGCCAAUGGGGAAACCAAAAUCAACUGUGUCCGCCUGGCUAACAAAGGUGCGUCCACUCAGGACUCGGAUGCCAUGGAGCCAGAGAAGCAGGUGGACAGCACGGUGAAAAUGGCCGGAGUGAUCGCAGGGAUCCUCAUGUUCAUCAUCAUCCUCCUCGGCGUCGUCCUCACCUUCAAACGCAGAAGACAUGCUUAUUCCUACUCUUAUUACCUGAAGUUGGCAAAGAAGCAGAAGGAGACUGCCAGCAGCUCCACUCAGCAGAGGGAGAUGGGUCCGGUCACCACGGCUGAUAAGAGCACCACCAAAGUCAGCACGCUGCACAAAGACGACCCCUUCUCCACCUCCAACCAGGACCUCAACGGAUUCACCUCCCCCUCCACCUGCUCCUUCUCUGUGCAGGGAAGCAAGACGCUGCAGAGCAAAUCCCUGCUGAACUCCUACUACUCAGUGUCCAAAGAGCCAGUUCCAGCCACGACGUCUAUAGACAGCAGCCAGCCAUCGCUCUCCCAGCCGUCUCUGACCCUGCAGAGUUUCCCCUACGGAGGCUGUGAGUCAGUGGAGCUCUCCUACCAGAGUGGUCAGUUCCAGGCCGGCCAGUUCCAGCCGGCUAUUCGAGUCGCCGACCUCCUCCAACACAUCACCCAGAUGAAAUGUGGACAGGGCUACGGUUUCAAGGAGGAAUAUGAGGCCCUGGCAGAGGGACAGACGGCGCCCUGGGAAACGGCCAAGAAGGACGAGAACCGCAACAAGAAUCGCUAUGGCAACAUCAUCGCUUACGACCACACCAGAGUCCGCCUGCAGCUGCUGGAGGGAGACCCCCACUCCGACUACAUCAACGCCAAUUACAUCGACGGGUACCACAGACCCAGACAUUACAUCGCCACACAAGGGCCCAUGCAGGAGACGGUGAGGGAUUUCUGGAGGAUGGUCUGGCAGGAAAACUCGGCCUCCAUCGUCAUGGUUACCAACCUUGUGGAAGUGGGCAGGGUGAAGUGCGUGCGUUACUGGCCCGACGAGACGGAGGUGUACGGAGACAUCAAGGUGACCCUGAUAGAAACGGAACCACUGGCAGAAUAUGUCAUACGGACAUUCACCGUCCAGAAGGGUCAUCACGAGAUCCGUGAACUCCGUCAGUUUCACUUCACCAGCUGGCCUGACCACGGCGUUCCCUGUUACGCCACCGGGCUGCUGGGCUUCAUACGACAGGUGAAGUUCCUCAACCCACCGGACGCCGGGCCCAUAGUGGCUCACUGCAGUGCCGGCGCAGGGAGGACGGGCUGCUUCAUUGCAGUGGACAUCAUGUUGGACAUGGCGGAGAACGAAGGCGUGGUGGACAUUUUCAACUGCAUCCGAGAGCUGAGAUCACAGCGAGUCAACAUGGUGCAGACGGAGGAGCAGUAUGUGUUUGUUCACGACGCCAUCUUGGAGGCGUGUCUAUGUGGGAACACAGCCAUACCAGUGUGUGAGUUCAGAGCCAUUUACUACAACAUCAGCAGACUGGACCCACAGACCAACUCCAGCCAGAUUAAAGACGAGUUCCAGACUCUGAAUAUAGUGACCCCCAGAGUCCGUCCGGAGGACUGCAGCGUGGGUUUGCUACCCCGGAAUCACGACAAGAACCGCAGCAUGGACGUCCUGUCAGCGGACCGAUGUCUGCCUUUCCUCAUAUCUGUGGACGGAGAGAGCUCCAAUUACAUCAAUGCUGCAUUAAUGGAUAGCCACAAACAGCCGGCAGCCUUCAUUGUUACCCAGCAUCCUUUGCCAAACACCAUGGGGGACUUCUGGAGGCUGGUGUUCGACUACAACUGCUCUUCCAUUGUGAUGCUCAAUGAGAUGGAUGCAGCGCAGCUGUGUAUGCAGUACUGGCCAGAGAAGAGUUCGUGUUGCUACGGUCCCAUUCAAGUGGAGUUCAUAUCAGCAGACAUCGAUGAAGACAUCAUCAACCGGAUCUUCAGGAUCUGCAACAUGGCCAGGCCACAGGACGGUUACCGCCUGGUGCAGCACUUCCAGUUCAUUGGCUGGCCGGCCUACAGGGACACGCCUCUCUCCAAGCGCUCUAUCCUCCAGUUGGUCAGGAGGCUGGCGAAGUGGCAGGAGCAGUAUGACGGAGGAGAUGGGAGGACCGUGGUACACUGCCUUACCGGCGGAGGACGCUCUGGAACGUUCUGUGCCAUCUGCAGCAUCAACGAGAUGAUCCAGCAGCAGAACAUCGUGGAUGUUUUCCACACCGUCAAAACACUGAGGAACAACAAGACUAAUAUGGUGGAGACAAUGGAGCAGUACAAGUUCUGCUAUGAAGUGGCUCUGGAGGCGCUCAGCUCCUUCUGAUUGGACGUCGUCGCUGCCUGUUCCCAACGUGCAGGGGACACACAAAGAGCAGAACUGCUGUGUGUUGACCCGAAUCCCAACCUGUGAGCGUGUGUGCCUGUGUGUGUGUGUGUGUGUGUGU